AUGGGUGGGGACUUCCUCCCGUCGUGGAGCGAAUUCGUGGACGCGUCGGUGGGCGAGAAGUGGCAGCAGGUGGUCGUCGCGCUGUUCGUGGGCUACUUCGUCGCCGCGAUCGCCGUCUACUUCUUCCCCUCGCCGUUCAACCGCGACCGCAGGGUGCGCAAGAGGGCGCCUGUGACCGAGGAGGAGAAGGCUGCCGCCGAGAUCUUCCCCGACCCGAUGCCCAAGGGCGACCUGACGCGCGAGGAGCUCAAGCGAUACGACGGAUCCAACGUCGCGAUCCCCGUUCUCAUCGCGGCGAAAGGCCGCAUCUUCGACGUCACCAAAGGGCGGGACUUCUACGGCAAGGGCGGACCGUACAACUGUUUCGCCGGGAUCGACUGCUCCCGGGCGCUGGCGAAGGUGUCGCUCGACCCGAAGGAUCUGAACGCGAAGUGCGCGGACCUGUACGCGGCGGAGCGCGACGUGCUCAACGACUGGGUGAGGAAGUUCGAGGACAAGUACCCGGAGGUCGGCAUCGUUCUCGACGGCACCUACGACGGGCCGCCGUGA